CACCACACAAAAUAUCCGACGAAACAACCGAAAACUUGACRAACAAUAUUUUUUUCAAGAAUAGUAGUAACUCGUACCGUACUUCUCUCCUUCAUAGUAAUAGAAUACUGUCAAACAGAACUUGAGAUGCUUCUCAAGGUUUUGAUAGAACACGAGUUUUCCUUUCUAUAAUUGGAGAUAAUGACUACACAGAGUUCAGCUACAUCUCCGGAACCAAGGAAGCGACCCCGAGUGGAGGUAAUUGCAGACGCAAAUGAUACGCCCGUCGCUUCCGACACUGGAAGCCGAACAGAAGAAAAGCCUACCCCCKCGUAUGGAUCGAAGGAAUAUUGGGAAGAUAGAUACAAGAAGAAUUCUAUUGCGGACGAAACGGGAGGCGAAGAAGAUCCAGAACCGUAUCAUGCUUGGUACUUCAAGUUCGAUGAUUUAGCCCCUCUUCUCAUGCCAUUGAUUCUAGGUGGUGAUGUYGGUGAUGACAAUGACGACAACGAUGAAGUGAAUAAAAGUAAAACUGACGUUGACAUAGAAAAUAAAAAMACAAAGAAAGAAACCCACAAUAAUACUGAUGAUGAAAAAGGCGCCGAAAGCCGUGGUGGGAAUGACGCUGAUCUUUCGUCACAGCAAAUGAACGACGAACGACACCAAAAAAAAAAWUCACAUUUGGAACAUGCCAAGAAUAGUGACGAMAGYGGGGACGAAAGCGAUGAUUUUGAAGUGAUCGAAAUGGAAGAUUAUGAUGACGAUGAUGACGAAGAUCCCGUCGUUCGAGUCGGCCUCGCCAAGAAUGGCCCAAUCUCAAUUCUAGAAGUUGGCUGUGGGGACGCUCCACUUGGUCGAGAUCUUGCUUUGUCGAUUCAGGAGUAUGGAACUUCGAUUGAACAAGACUCCGCAUCAAUCGUUGAAAAAGUUGUUUGUUCAGAUUAUUCGAAAAAUGUAAUUGAAAUGAUGAAAGAAGAGCAACUAAAGGCUGAAUUAGAUCGCGACGCAAAAGAAAAGAGCGUACAAGUACAUUAUGAAGUGGCCGAUGCGCGGCAGUUAUCUUAUCCAGAUGGAAGCUUUGAAAUGAUCCUUGAGAAAGGAACACUAGAUGCCAUGCUAUCUGAUAGUGAGGGAGGCGGCCAAGAAAACUGUCGAAAMAUUGUUGCUGAAUGUGCAAGGGUACUGAAAGUUUCAGGCUAUAUCAUCAUUAUUUCGCAUUUGAAUGCACGGGUCGAGAGUGGUUUGCAGUGGUUGAAUAACGUCAUUGUUCCUGGGUUGAGGGCUGCAGGAGAUUUCCAUUGGCUCGUUGAGGUUCAUGGCAGCGAUGUUGAGGUCCCAUCGGACGAUGACGAUGAUGCAGCAGAAGAGAAGCCAAUCGAAUCUCCGGGACCUGCCGUCUACUUUAUUGAAAAAGUCGGAGCCACAUCGCCAGCAAAAAGUAGUGAUGGCAGUGAAGAAUCACUACCUACCAUACCACUGAAAUUCUUUUCGUACUAGCAUGAGAGAUCCAUUCCUAAUUAGAACACACCCAUGAGUUGCUUUGGGGUACCAACUUAAUACCGACAAAAAUUAAUAAAAUCCUUUUCCUCUA